UGUGCGUCUCACCGGAAGUCUGACGUCGCACAGCAUUAUGUCAAAAAUAAAAAUCUACAUUCGAGGAAGUCAGAAGGUUACUGUAGCUAAAGAUUGAAGAGUGGAAUUAGACAAAUAUUGUCGUUUUGUCGAAAAUAACCUUUAUCGAAAACACCUGAAUACCACUGCAAUGGCCGAGGAAAACAUCUUCCUUUUCGUUCCGAAUUUGAUCGGCUAUGCCCGCAUCGUGCUGGCUCUGCUUGCCUUCUACCUGAUGCCAUGCUGUCCCGUACCAGCUGUGUUCUUCUACCUGCUCAGUGCCCUCCUGGAUGCCUUUGAUGGGCACGCCGCCCGCGCCCUCAACCAAGGCACUAAGUUUGGUGCGAUGCUGGACAUGUUGACAGACCGCUGUGCCACCAUGUGUCUCCUGGUCAACCUAGCUCUGCUUUAUCCCUCCUACACCUUCCUCUUCCAGAUCAGCAUGAGCCUGGACAUCGCCAGCCACUGGCUCCACCUGCACAGCUCAAUGAUGAAGGGAUCCACCAGCCACAAGGCCAUUGAUCUAUCUGGAAACCCCAUUCUUCGCCUCUACUAUACUUCCCGUCCGGUGCUGUUUGUCAUGUGUAUGGGGAACGAGCUCUUCUUCUGCCUGCUCUACGUCUCCUACUACAUUGAGGAACCCCAUGUGUGGCUGCAGUGGCUGCUUGGUGUCUGUGCCGUGGUGUGUGUGCUGAAGUCUGCCAUCAGCGUUCUGCACCUGAUCACUGCCUCCAGGAACAUGGCUGCCAUCGACGUGUCCGACCGUGAGAGGGAGAGGAGCAAGGCCGAGUGAGAGGAGGGGGGAGGUGCAUCUCAAUAGUCUAAAGUGGCUUCCUUUCCUCGUGUCCUUUCCUUUCCAUCUGCACUGAUCGGAAAACAAGCGAUUGGUGAAAACAGUAAGGUGGAUGCCUACAAGUCAAUACUGCUUACCCAUCCAGUUAUUUCACAUCAGACGAGAGAAAGGAUUGGAGAUGAGGAGAGGAAGCCACUAGACUAUUGAGAUGCACCCUGUGUCCCAAAAGUCUCAAAUAACCCACUUUUUUUAGUCGCCGCUUGAGCACUGAUAGGAAAGGACGUGAAAUCAUUGGGUGGGAAAAAACGUUAGUGAUAUCGAAGGGAAGGAGACAAGAAAAUUAAGCAAGGAAAUGAGGAUAUUUGAGAGGAUUGGGACACAGACAGAAAGCAGAGUCAGAGUUGCUGUGUUUGUUGAAUAGAGUUGAAGGUGUGAGAACAAAUAUUAUUGUGUGAUGUAGCAAAGAUGGAGGUAAGCUUAGUCAGGGGACCUUUUUAAAAACCAAACUGAUGAUGGUUAUUUAUUUUAGUUAGAAUAUUGUAACAACUUAAACCUUCUGUUAUCAAAGCCUACUUGUAUAGUGUUGUAAAGCCUGACAUUAUAACCGGUGUCACCUUGAAAAAGUAAACCGUGGUGGUAUAUUUUUGUAUGCGAGCAAAUCAUCGCAGGCUUUAAUAUUGUCUAGCUAACUAGCCAACACGAAUCACUUUCCACCACACCUUAUUUAGUAGACUUCAUAACCAAGGGUUUGAGCGAUACGUGUUAUCUUGAAAUACUCUUUUUUUUCUAAGUGGUAACGUCCAAGUCACUACUAUUGAUGUUCCUAUUAAUAUUUAAAUUCCUAUGGUUGUUUUUAUUGUUCUCUGUCGUCAUCAUCAGUAACGAUUUGAAAUGGUCUUUACAGCUUUUACUUUUCUUUUUUUGUUCUCAUUAUUUCUUCUUUUUUUUUUACUGUGGUAAUCAAAGCCAAUGACAUUUUAUUUGUCACAUGGACCAAAUACAACAGGUGUAGGUGCUUACCGUGAAAUGUAGAAGUUGCCCAGGCCACAGAUCUAGGAUCAGAUUACCCAACCACAACUCUUAACCUUGACCAUCAGGAGGAUAGCAUAUCUGACCCUGAACCAGUGCUUAGUUGCAACUUGUACCAACUGGUAAUGGUAGGGGCGCAACUUUCACUGGGGACAUGUUUCCUCCCCCCCCCCCCCCCCCCACACACACAUUCUGAAAUGUCAUUUUUGUCGCCCCCAGGUUUUAUCAUUGGAAUGUGAUUAUAAAACGAGGCAAUGGUGUGCUUUAGGACCAUGCGGGACGGCUCCGAGCGGUCGGGUAGACUGUUUGGAGUGGUUAUCUGAAAGGAUUAAAAAAUAUAUAUAUAUAAUAAUAAUAAUUGUCCCCCCCACUUCUAAAAGUUGCGCCCCUGGGUAGUGGUGACUGUAGAGGUGGUGUUGGACUUUUACGUUGCAGUGAUGAUUGGAUGGGGAAGAUGCACACACUUUCUUAGCCAUGUGCGCACACCUUUUUUUGCAGAUACGUGUAUACACACACACACACACACACACACACACACACACACGAGCUUGCCACACACAUACUCAGAUACUUGCUUACAGACAUGCAUUCAUCUAUAAUAUUGGGCACAUUCCUUAGCUCAAGUGAAGACCACCUGAGUAUUAUGUUUUGAGUGUUUGUUAUAAAUAUUAUUCGACAAGCUUUUCUAUCAUCACUGUGUGACCGUGUGUACUAUAUAUAUAUAUAUAUAUAUAUAUACUGUGGCUGAUCUGUUUUAUCGUCAACCAUUAGAAACUAGGUUUGGAGUGGGGUGACGUUGCUAUCAGCCAGGUGGCGUCAAAGGUCUCUAGUUCAUUUGAGUUCAACAAGACGUUUGGGAGAAUGUGCUGUGUACUUUGGGUCAUUGCGAAGGUGGGAGGGAGGAGCACAACAAAACAAAACCAAGCCAUGUAAGAUCUACGAUAACAUCUGUAAAUACAUUGUGGGUGUCUGUGUAAGAAAGGUGUUUUUAGGUUUUAUUUCCAUGCAGUGCCUCCGGCUUGCAGAUAUUGUUCAGAAUGUCUUUGUCAACGGUAAUAGAUGAAAAGGUAAUAAAGACAUCUUUGAACCAA